ACCUUCUUCUACCCAUGCCGGGCCCUCUUUUUCUUCUUACCAUCCUUUCCCGCAGGAAUAAAGAUUCGUCCUCCACUUCUCACUUUUCACUUUCCUCCUCCUCUUCGCUAGGAACUUUGCUCUGUUGCCUCCGGCGCUCAUCACAUUCGUUUUGUUGUUGGCCCGACUCUCAGGAUCUUGCUUAGAUCCCUGACAUCCCCAUCUUGCCCUCCCCCCCGCCUUCGUCCAUAGUCUCUCUCACGCACAUACUCUUUCUCUAUCUGCGCUGCGUGUUGUCGAUAAUAUCGUUGUCGUUGUCGAGCUCUUUUGGUUGAAUAUCGUUCACUCUUCACUGCCAUCGUGUACUCGAACAACAUCGAUAUGCGUCACCCGCCUGCACCCCCUCCACCCAUUGGGGAGAGCAGCCGCCCUCCCCUGUCUCCCCUCUCUGGAGCAACAACACCAGCUCGCAGCCAGCGUAGUCUGUCUAUUCCGCGGCCCUUUGGAUCUCGAAUCCAGUCGCAGGGCUCGUCUGUUGUUGGUUUCACCACGGAAGACUUGCCCUUUGGCGUCCGUACACCCGGUUCCUUCGGCCAUCGAUCAUGGCAAUCUCGCGGAGGCGAGUCCGCCGCCUCCUUCCAGUCGUCUGUUAUGCAAGAGGAGGCAAAACUCAGGUGGGACUCUGACUCGGAGCUGAAAAUGGUGUCCAAGUCCCUGUUGAGGUUCCAGAAGUGGUGCCUGCUCAUCGGCCUGCUCUGUAUCAAUGCGGCGCUCAUCUAUGUGUCGUUCACGUACCACGUCGCCCACUACUUUUUCAUGGUUCUGCUCAGCUCCAACACGGUGCUUCAGUUCAUCAUGAUCGUCUUCAUCCUUGGUCACUUUCUCUUCAAAACCAUCUUCUUCUGCUUCCGCCGCAAGGAGAAGGUGCCGGAAACCCCCGAGAGAAUGGUCAUGCUUCUGCCCUGCUACAACGAGACCCUGGAGGAGCUCACCAGGUCCCUGGACUCUCUCGUCGUGCAGAAGAACAUUGACGACCACCCGCGCAUGAUCUUCAUCGUUGUCGAUGGUAACGUCAAGGGCGCUGGCAUGGCCAAGACCACCCAGGAGUAUCUCCUCCAGGACAUCCUCGAGCCUGGUCCGACGCGCUUCUUCGAGAACGGCUACCGCGCCCGCGACGGCCUCUUCAUGCCGACCAAAAUCCAGACCGGUUACUACAAGGGCAUCCCGUACGUCUUCGUCGGCAAGCGUUACAACCAGGGCAAGCGUGACAGCCUUUGCUUUGCUCGUUCAUUCCUGUACCACUUCCACAAGCGCUCCAUCAACGUCAUGACCAUGUUCAGCAACGAGCUGUUCGAGCACCUGGGCAACGCCUUCGUCUCCCAGGGUAUCGAUAACGCCGAGUACCUGGUCGGAAUGGACGCCGACACUGUGUUUGACGAGUACUGUAUCUGGGAGAUGUUGAGGGAGAUCCGCAAGAACCCCAAGCUCGUCGGCGUCUGCGGCCACGUCUGCGUCGACUACGACGGCAGGAACUGGGGUCUCUGGUCGCUGUACCAGUCGGUCGAGUACUCGCAGACCCAGGGUCUCCGUCGCAUGUUCCAGUCGCGCAUCACCGGAAAGGUCAACUGUCUCCCUGGAUGUUGUCAGCUGAUCAAGAUCGACGAGGCCACCUUUGGCGACGAAGUCCUCCGCCAGCGGUUCGGAUACUGCCCCAAGCCCAACGACCUCAUGACGCAGCACAUCAUGGGCAACUACUCCGAAGACUCGAUCCACGCCAGCAUCAUCUUUUCGCUCUUCCCUCAGCGCCAGACCGCCCAGGCCCUCCGCGCCAAGGCUUUCACCAUCGUGCCCCAGGACUGGAAGGUUUUCCUGUCGCAGCGCAAGCGUUGGGCCCUCGGCUCCAUUUCUAACGAGUUCGUCAUGAUCUUCCGCCCCGGCAUCAUCCCUAUCGAGCGUCUCCAGUCCAUCAUCGCUGUCAUGACCUGGUUCAUCACUCCCUUCAUCAUGGCCGCCGUCAUCGCUUUGAUCAUCAUUCUCAUCCGCCGCGGCGACGAGCUUGUCCGAGACCCGGUUUUCAUGUCGUUGUUCGCUCUUCUCCUGUUCAGAUACAUCUACUCCUUCUGCAUCGGUUUCUGGCUGCCGAGAAACAUGCUCGAGCGCAUGCAAUACUUCGUGGGCUACUUCUUCCACCUCUGCACGUCGCCGUUCCUCAACAUGAUCAUUCUCGGAUACUCGCUCGUGUACUCUGACGAUUUCAAGUGGGGUAAGACCCGCGAGGUCGUCAAGGGAGACGACGAGAAGGUCGACGCCGAGGGCGGACGUGGCACUCUUUGAAAAAGCCCACCGCACCUUACUGAUGUGCGGGGGACGUCGCCCCAGAUCUCACACCAAGACAGAACUCGGCUGCUCAGCUGACUCUCGUUUUGUCGCUUUUUUUAUAUUGUUCAGUCAUUCAAGUGGCGUUUUUUCAUCUGGUUGAGGCAGGAAAAUAUGGGAUCGCUAGACUCGUCAACCAGACGAAUGGAAUGGUGAGGGUGUGGGAGACAUGGGUCAUUAUUGGACGGGGACCGAAACAAAAAGAAGUUGACAUGACACCAUCAUGUCUGCAGAACAUGCCGCCGUUCAGGAAACACGUAUACUAGGGCUGCCUCGACCAGGAUCGGCAAGCAUUCAUUCGUCUUUGAAAACAUCACACCAACAGCCUUCGACCGCCCAUUUCACAUGUCGAGGGAGAGAGGGAGAGAGUCGGGGCUGGGAAAAUCGUACAUAUCGGGGCUUCUUGUACAGACGGUGCUGGGGAACGGAACGGAUGGCGACUAGGAGCCGAGCGCUGGCCCGGGCCCUUGGAUCUUUUCGAUUCUCUUCACGCUUUUCGAUUCUUCACAUUAUCGCUUACCUCCCGUUGCACGUUGAGGUCGUGCCCGGCUAUCCUCUUGAAGUUUUU